UGAAGCCUCGGGCGGAGUAUCGCGAGGUUUGGAGUUUGGGUGAGAGUUUGUGGAAGAUGGCGCCUGUUGUGACAGGGAAGUUUGGGGAGCGACCUCAACCCAAACGCCUUACCAGGGAAGCAAUGCGAAAUUACCUUAAGGAGCGUGGUGAUCAAACCGUACUAAUUCUACAUGCUAAGGUUGCACAGAAAUCUUAUGGAAAUGAAAAAAGGUUUUUCUGCCCUCCUCCAUGCGUAUAUCUAAUGGGCAGUGGAUGGAAGAAAAAGAAAGAUCAAAUGGAACGAGAUGGAUGCAAUGAACAAGAAUCACAACCAUGUGCAUUUAUUGGGAUUGGAAAUAGUGACCAAGAAAUGCAACAGCUUAACCUGGAAGGAAAGAACUAUUGCACAGCCAAAACAUUGUACAUAUCAGACUCUGACAAGAGAAAGCACUUCAUGUUAUCAGUAAAAAUGUUUUAUGGUAAUAGUGACGACAUUGGCGUCUUUCACAGCAAGCGGAUCAAAGUAAUCUCCAAACCUUCUAAAAAGAAACAAUCCUUGAAAAAUGCAGACUUAUGUAUUGCAUCAGGAACAAAGGUGGCAUUAUUUAACAGGCUUCGUUCACAGACUGUUAGUACACGUUAUCUACAUGUAGAAGGAGGAAACUUCCAUGCCAGUUCACAACAGUGGGGAGCAUUUUACAUCCAUUUAUUGGAUGACGAAGAAUCGGAAGGAGAAGAAUUCACAGUGCGGGAUGGAUACAUUCAUUAUGGUCAGACUGUGAAACUAGUAUGUUCUGUUACUGGAAUGGCACUCCCCAGACUGAUAAUUCGUAAAGUGGAUAAACAAACAGCAUUAUUAGAUGCAGAUGACCCAGUAUCACAGCUCCAUAAAUGUGCAUUUUACCUGAAGGAUACAGAAAGGAUGUACUUAUGUCUCUCUCAAGAAAGGAUAAUCCAAUUCCAAGCCACUCCAUGUCCAAAAGAACCAAACAAAGAAAUGAUAAACGAUGGAGCCUCUUGGACAAUCAUAAGCACAGAUAAAGCUGAAUACACUUUCUACGAGGGGAUGGGGCCCGUACAUGCACCAGUGACACCUGUACCUGUUGUAGAAAGUCUUCAGCUGAAUGGAGGGGGGGAUGUUGCAAUGCUUGAGCUCACGGGACAGAAUUUUACACCCAAUUUGCGAGUUUGGUUUGGCGAUGUGGAAGCUGAGACCAUGUACAGGUGUGCAGAGAGCAUGCUGUGUGUUGUUCCAGAUAUUUCUGCAUUCCGGGAGGGUUGGCGAUGGGUACGUCAGCCUGUCCAGGUCCCUGUCACCCUGGUUCGAAACGAUGGGAUUAUCUACUCUACCAGCCUUACUUUCACAUACACACCAGAGCCUGGACCAAGACCACACUGCAGUGCUGCUGGAGCCAUCCUUAGAGCUAAUUCCAGCUUGCUGGCAUCAAAUGACUCAAACACAAACAGUGAGGGAAGUUACACAACUGUCAGCACAAACUCAACUAUUGUCACAUCAGCAGCAACAGUAGUCUCCUAACUACCAAAGUGGUUUAAAGACUGUUGCCAACUUUUUGGAAGGGAGAAGAUGCAAAACUGUUGGAGAGCUGCAGAGAAAACCUACUAGUACCAACGGUUCUUGUGGUAUUCUGGAAAUCACCUACUUGUUCAGAUGAUGGACAUGUCAUUCAAGCAUAGAUAAUCUGCAGGAGGUGUUACCACAGUAAGAAAAUACACCUGAAUAUGUAUAAAACUUUAUAAAGAGCUAAAAUGAAAAAUCUAUUUUUCAGCUGUUUAAAGUGUGGGCAAGAUAUAAAAAAUUUGGGUGGGAUGAUGGUAAAACAGACUAGAGAAUGCAUACAAAAAUAACAUAGUUUCUAUGGACCAAGGAACUUGUAUAAGCUUUAGUGGAGGUACAGUUUCACCAUACCUUUUUUGUAUUAUACAUAUAGUACACUUUUGUUACCAAAUAGUUUAUAUUUUCUUCCUAUGAGCAAUGGGCCCUGAAGUAUCCAGGUUCCAGGCCUGACCUUGCUGUAUAUUCUCAUCACCUACUAUACCAGUAAAGACCUAUAUUUUGGUCACUGGCUGGAACUGUCCUAAUUUUUAUUUUUUUUUAAACUUGAGUCGUGUGACUUUAUUAUCAAUUGAAAGUGGUGUUUGAGAGGAGAACCUCAUUUUUAUGAUUACCUGUCAAUCUGCAUACUGUACUUAAAGGAUGUCUCAAUAUGACACCUUCACAAUGUGGGACAAAAUCAGUUAAUUAAUAUCCUGAUUUUAGCAUGAUAGUUUAAGAAACAAAGAAGCACUAAAGUCAUGCUGUCUAAAUGUGAUCUGUUACACAAAGGCAAUCUAAACACAGAUGCAAGUUGGUUGCUUUAUUCUAUAAAAGGUUACUCAAACAACCAAAAGAUAGAUGGAAAUCGAAAAGGAAAAGUAGAGUUCUGAUUCUUCAAUUAGAGCUUUGAUUCCAGUGAUACUUUUGAAAAUUAGUGAAUUGCAAGCCUUGUGUUAAGGUUGCAAGUAACUUCUUUAAAUCUAUCACCUUAAAGGGGUGUGUAUUCAACUAUGCAGAGCGCACAGCAAUAACUUUUAGGUGUUUCUGUACGCUUACUGAUGUCUCAGUUGCCUUGCUGCUGUGUGUUAAAAACCGCUGGUUAGAAGCAGGCUGAUGGGCAUUUUUAUCAUGCUCCACCUCACGUGAUAUCCUGAAAUUCUGUCCAGUGCGCCCAUACACAAACGCAUUUAUAACAGAAUUUCAUGAUGCCACGUCAGGAGAGUUCUACAUAGUGUCAGGCUUUCUUUAAAUAGUUUUAAUGCACAGUAACAAUUGUGGGUAAAUGCAAUACCAGUUAGUGUACAAACAUCUCUUUUUAUAAAAUUUAGCAUUAUGUGACAACUCAAUUGACCACAAUUUAAUUCACAUUUUGCUGCUUUUUAUGCUGUUCAACUAGUCCUUCCUCAUACUUUUCUUAAGAAUACCAAAAGGGUUAUUUUUCCUUUCUGAAUUCUCAGGAUUACCACUGCAAUCAAAUUAUGGCUGCUAUCACAUUUACUAUGAUAUGUAAAUCCAAAAUUGUGAUAUUCUUUCAUAUCAUCUCUUAAUGCAUUGUAAUAUUGGAACAUCCCGAUGUACUUCAGAAGCAAGAAUAUCAGAAGCUUUAAGUGACUUCUGCCCUGUCUGCAAUACAUACAACAGUACAGAUAUGUUAAACAUAGCUUUAUUUUUUCAAUUAUUUUAAUAAAACAGUAUUUAGUAAUAUCUGAUAGAUUUGCUUUGCCACUUAUGAGUUAAAACUGAAGAUUUCUGGAUACACUGACACCUGAUAAAUGAGGUUCUGCUAUUAACUGAAUUGGGAAUGUGGCCAUUAAGUAUUGAGUCAAUUUGUGUGUUUUUUUUCCCUCACACAGCACUGCUUUUGUAUGUUGAAACGUAUUCCCAGCUUUUUAUAUUUACAGUACUUCCACCUACAUGUGCUAUUUGAAUUUUUUGGCUAUUUGAUUGCUACAGUGGUUUAUUUUUAUUUUUUUAUUACAUGUCUUAAGUGAUAAAUGGUGUUUAAAGUGUAAUUUGUUCUUUGAAAACUGUAUCUAACAGAUUGACGCCACAUCUGUUACAUUCAAGCUGUAAAAGCCUGUUUGUAAAAUAGUCGAGGACUGUAAUAAUGUGGAUUUUAGUCCAGUAUUUCUAUGGUACAGGGUAGCUAGCUGACUUUUCACAAAAGGUCCUAAGUUUUCCAACAAGACUCGAGUUUGAGAAGUUAGUGUCCAUAGGUUAAUUAACAGACAUGAAUGAACUAGGGCAUUCAACGUAAAAUAUUUUCAAAACCAGUACAAUGAAAGCUCUUAUUGGGUGUACUAAAAUGGCAAACAUUGACUGUUGGAACAGAAGAUGGGAAGUGUGUGUUAAGCACUGCUCGGUCCCUCCAUGGUCCAUGGGUGCACGUAUUGAGGGAACAAAUUUGUCCUACCUUGUAAGGAGAGUAGCUAAAUUUUAAUAUGACUAAUACCUUCACCCUUUAGAGCUUUAGAUGGCUGAGCUCAUUCAGUGAGCGGAUCCAGUGGCAACUUACAGCGACAUAGUAAAGAACAACUUAUAUUUAUAUAGAGUGUUUUAUGUCUUCAGGAUUUUCCAAAGUGCUUCACAACCAAUGAAUUGCUUUUGAAAUAUAAUUGCUAUUACAUAUGCAAAUGUGUUAGCUGGUUGCAAAUGAGAUCUCUUUUUGUUGGUCCAGAAAUCAGGAGAACUUCCUGCUCUUCUUCAGACAAUACCAUGGAUUUAAUUUUACAGAACAUCUGACAAGCAGAUAGCCUAGCCUUCAGCAAUGCAACACUCUCCUCAGUGUUGCUGUGAAUUACCAGCAUAGGUUUUGUGUGUUUAUGUCCCUAGAGAAGCUGGAACCGAGAUUCUGAUUUGGACAAGAAUGCUCUCCACUGUGUCACACUGACAAUCAUUUCUGUAGUGGGCAUAAAACUCAGGUGGGCAUAAUCACAUUAAAAUGUAAACAACUAUUACAACUUUAUACUGAAAAUGUUUCCACCUACACUUGCCUUCAGCUUUAAAUUAAAUAUCAUAGAAAUAAGGGAAGUACCUUCAAAGUGAAAUAUUUUUAUCAGUGGAUUUGAUUUUUCAUUCCAGUCUCUGAUCUUUUAACCUGAUAUAACUUGUGAACUUUGCCAUUGAGCAGUUUCAAAGUCAAUUGACAUUCAAGACCGAAAAGCUACUGAUUGCCAACAGAGCCAUAACUGGUGGCUAAAUGAUUAUAGCAGGUUUCAUACCUGAAAUGUCAUAUUUGAAGGUGGCUUGCUAUUGACAGCAAAAGUAAUUUCUCCUGCAAGGUAGAAGAUUUAAAAAAAACUGAAUUCAGUUCCAGCUACGUAAUCUCCAUGUAUACUUUUGGCACUUGAUGUACAAUUUAUGACUGGCAGCAACUGGUUGUGUCAAAAAAGGGAAUAAAAUUUGUUAAGCUA